AUGUCUCUUAAACAAUAUAAAACAUUAGGUGAAGAAAAUGCAGAAUUAUUUACUUUGACUUAUGGUUCAAUUGUUGCACAACUAGUCAAAGAUUAUGAAGAUUGUCAAGAAGUCAACAAGCAAUUAGAAAAAAUGGGAUAUAAUAUUGGUGUAAGAUUGAUUGAAGAUUUUCUUGCAAGAUCAAGUUUAGGACGUUGUUCUGAUUUUCGUGAGACUGCAGAAGUUAUUUCCAAGGUUGGAUUCAAGAUUUUUUUAAAUAUUACACCAACUUUAACAAAUUGGUCACAGAAUGGCAAAGAUUUAAUAGAAUUUUCACUUAUUUUUGAUGAGAAUCCAUUAGCCGAGUUUGUUGAAUUGCCAGAUGAUGGAAAUAUGGAUGAGUUAUGGUAUUCAAAUAUAUUAUGUGGUGUAUUAAGAGGUUCUUUAGAAAUGGUUCAACUACAAGUUGAAGCAUAUUUUAUUAGUGAUGUAUUAAAAGGUGAUGAUCAAACUGAAAUGAGAGUGAAGUUUAUUAGAUAUUUAAAGGAGGAAGUACCAGCCGUGAACACCUUUUCUCAGUAUUCAACUUUUUCUAGAGCAUAUGCAAUGAGCAUUGCUUGCGAUUACGCAUUUGAAUCUGAAGACUUUCAAGAAAUCAAACAAAAUUACAAAUUUUAG